UAUAAAUAACGAGUUAGUCUCCUGAACCACAUGGACGGAAUUUCCCACCAUAUCCCUCCUCCCUCCACUGACCUAUACAGAUCGGUUAUCAAACAAGUAUGAGGCAAACGCAGGCUCGGUUUUCACUCGUCCACCAGGAGUUAGACAAGUCAGAGCCAGAGAUGACGUCAGAGGAGGAUAUAGAGUUGAAUCAAAUGAGCAUGACGGAUGCCACCAAGAAGGGAGGCGAACAUAACGGAAUGACCCUGGUUCAGGACCAUUUAAGCGGCUCGAAGCCCAAGAGAAAACGUGCACGGUUUGACUUCGAGGGCAACCCCAAGGCUUGGGCUGAGAAAGCCCAUCUGAUGUGCCGAAUCUGUGUUAAGUUUGUGCAGAAGCCCGGGGAUAAUUCAGAUGACCCUCUAUGUUACUGUGGCUAUAAUCGAUCACAACAUUCAGAAAGUGCGAUAACAACAACAGCUCUGGGAGCUCCAAACAUUUGGAACCAGAAGGAGCAUACCAAACCCAUACCUACAAAUGCUGUGGGGGAAAUGCAGUUCGUUGGCUUUAGCCAAAAGUACGCCAAGUAUGUCCGUGUAGACGCAGAGACGGACGCUAACAAGGUCUGGGACCUUAUGACCCGGGUGUGGAAACUCAAACCUCCUCACCUCAUUAUCUCCGUCACGGGCGGGGCUAAGCACUUCCAUCUUACUCCUAGGCUGAAAGAGGUCUUCCGGAAAGGCCUUAUAAAAGCGGCACUCAGCACAGAUGCUUGGAUUACCUCAGGCGGCACCCACACAGGUGUUAUGAAAUACGUUGGAGAGGCCUUUAGAGACUUAGCUAUGGGACAGUCAACUCAAAACAAAGUUGUCGCUCUUGGAAUUGCCACGUGGGGAUGUAUCAUGAAUAAAGAAUCUCUUGUAAACCCUAAGGAUGUGGCCCGGUACCGUAUAGCACUGACCCCAGGGAAGCUUGAAGCCCCCAUUGAUUGUAACCAUUCCCAUAUUAUCCUCGUGGACAACGGGACACAGCAUCAGUUUGGCGUGGAGAUCGACUUCCGGGCAAGAUUGGAGAUGACCAUCGCCCAGAGGAGUAAAGAGCAAGGCGUCUUGACGUCCAUCAUCCUGGUAGUUGUGGAGGGAGGCCCUGGCACUCUACAGACCGUAUACAGCUCUGUACAGAAAAAGACACCGGCCCUUAUAGUCGCGGGAUCCGGGAGGGCGGCAAAUGUACUAGCUUUUGCGUAUGAACAUGCUGAAGAGCACACCAUAGAAGAGACUGACAGAGCCGGAAAUGCAUCCAAAAGGACAGUUCGCGUGAUGUCAGAAAAAACGGAACUCGAGGUAUGCCAAAUGCUUGAGGAAACGUUUAGACAAAGACGGGAAGACAAGGUGUCCCAGUACGUUGAUUGGAUAAAGCAUUGUCUGCAGUUUCCUGACCUUCUGACCAUAUUCACAUUGGAUUCUAACAACUCCGCCAAGGACAUAGAUCUAGCCAUACUCAAGGCUCUUCUCAAAGCCAAUCAGGAAUACUUCAUUGAACAGUUAAGACUGGCCCUCAUCUGGAACCGGGUAGACGUGGCCAAAACUGACAUAUUUACAGACGACAGAACCUGGAAGCUUGGUAGCCUGGAUGACGUGCUGUUGGCAGCCAUACAGCUGGAUCGUGUAGACUUCGUGAAACUGUUCCUGCAGAGCGGUGUUAAUCUGUCGGAUUUCCUUACUGAGGAGAUUCUUCUGAAGUUAUACAAUACAACGUCAAAAAGAUCUCUUGUACAUAUUCAGUUACGAAAACUUCGUCCGACAGAAGUGAAGGCCUCCUAUACAUUGGAAGAUAUUGGACGGCUGAUUAAAUCUCUGAUGGGUGAUUAUUACCAGCCAGUUUACCUGGAAGAGGCGCGUCACAAGCAGUUCAAUCCAAUCGACAGUCAACCAGACGCUUCACUCAUCAAACGGAAAGAUCCAGAGAGAGAUUUGUUUAUCUGGAGCAUUUUAAUGGGAAGAUGUGAUAUGGCCAAACUUUUCUGGGAAAAGCGACAUGAAAGUCUGAUGGCUGCUCUGGUUGCUCACAGUCUGCUGAAUGCCUUACAGAGGAGAAUGGAGGAUAACGACGUCAAACAGAGACUGCAGGAAAAUGCUUUAGAUUUCCAGCGUCUGGCGGUGGGGAUGCUGAAUACAUGCUACGAAGACAACGAAGAGAAAACGUCGCGACUUUUGCUCCGUUGCAUGCAGUUCUGGGGGAAAACAAACUGCAUCAAUAUCGCCAUAAACUCCAAGAACAAAGUGUUUAUCGCCCAAACAGCAUGUCAGGAACUGUUCAAGGACAUUUGGUGGGGCAAACUAGAAAGCACAAACGGGUACUUGGUGCUUCCGUGUGCGGUCUGUCCUCUGCUGAUAUAUCCAUGCCUGAAGUUCAAGACCAUGAAGGGAGAUUUGGAGCAGGACAGUAUCCAGGCGGACAAAUACAAACCCACGGAGGAUGUCAACUUGCCAAGAUCUUUCACAGAGUCAUCGUCUGAUGAGUCAAGCAGUACUCCUUAUGAAAACAGGGGACUGAACCCGUUUGAGAAGAUUCUGGCAUUCUUUGGGGCACCAGCCACGAAGUUCUGUUACAAUGUGAUAUUUUUCCUGCUCUUCCUCUUACUAUACAGUUACGUCAUGCUCAUACAAUUUCACGAAGUUAGACCUUACGUCCCAGAAAUGGUGCUGGUAGCAUGGGUGCUUACUAUCUUCUUUGAAGAAGUACGACAGUUAUGGAAAGCCAGUCCUGGCCCUAUCUGGGUGAGAGUCCGCCAUUACAUAUCUGAUCGUUGGAACAUCCUCGAUACCACCACCAUUGUCUUCUUCGCUAUCGGAUUUGCUCUUCGCUUUUUCAACUCCACAUUCAUGGCCGCCAGGCUCAUUCUCAGCAUCAAUAUCUUUGGAUUUUUUCUUCGUCUCCUACACAUCUUCUCAGUCAGCAAACUCAUGGGGCCAAAGCUAGUUAUGAUCGGGAAAAUGAUCUGGGAUCUCCUAUCAUUCAUGUUGAUCAUGCUAGUGUUCAUCAUCGGAUACGGGAUCACUUCUCAGUCGAUUCUUUACCCGAAUGCCGAGCUUCAUCCCAUGCUGAUCGUAGACGUUCUCAAGAAGGCGUACUGGCAGAUAUUUGCCGAACUCUUCCUGGAGGAAAUUGAAGGACAACAGGAGUGCAAUGCCGAUUUGAGGAUGUACAGCAAUGGUACAGACUUGCGCUGUCCGGACGAGAAUGGUAAAAUCAUCGUUCCUAUCCUGUUAGCAUUCUACAUGUUACUGACGAACGUCCUGCUGCUCAACCUACUUAUCGCCAUGUUCAGCAACACAUUUCAAGCCGUUCAAGACAACGCAGAUUUACAUUGGCAUUUCCAACUGUACAAGCUUACUCAGGAAUACUACGACCGGCCUGUGCUACCCCCGCCUUUCAUCGUUAUAGUCCACCUCUUCCGGCUGGCCCGUUGGUGUGUGAAAUGUGACUCCAACGUUACAUACGGAUUCUUGUCGGAGAACGAAAAGUACACUGCCCAAGAGCGGCGGUCUUUGGAUGUAUUUGAGGAAAAUCGGAGGGAUGAGUACAUGUUAAGAGAGGACAAGAAAAUGUGGAAUACGACCGAUUAUAAAGUCAGCACAACAUCGGAAAGAAUGGAAUCUCUGAUGUCUAAAGUAGAUGUAAUUCAUGACACGCUGUCGAUGGGUAGGGAGACCAUGAGGCUGAACUUAACACAGGAGGGUGAGAAAGACGAACAGCCGGAACCUGAGGACUUGUCCCUCACGGGCAGGGUCACUAGCCUGGAAGUUGAGGUGAGGAAGACAAAUGAGGCUUUGUCAUGGCUGAUUGCAGCUCUGAAGGAUAAAAAUAUUGUGCCACAACCGGAAGACGUGAAGGCGCUUCCUGCUCGAGCAUCAACGGGGCGAGAAUCUAGAAGAGAAGAUGUGUUAAAGAGGACGUCGGGUAGGAAACAGCCAUUAAAACGCCAGAUAACGUUGGACAAGAACAGUUUAGUUCACACCAAGUCACGCAGCUCUCCUUACCCAGGAACAGAGAUUCACAGGUUUGAGGUUCCAGAAGAAAAGGUGCCAUGGCAGGUGGAAUUCCCUGAAUACAAACCACCCUUUUACACGGCACAGACGGUUUUACAGACUCCGCCUUGGGCAGAUGAGCCAACACUGAGCAGUGGCAAGUUCGUAUGGAACCAAUAUGACGACGAAGCAAAUGUGGACAGGUCGAGUCAUGGAGAAAAAUAUCAGCUGAAGGAAGGAUGCCCCCAGAACCCCGCAGGUCGGACAGGACUCCAAGGUAGAGGUUUGCUAGGCCGCUGGGGUCCAAACCACGCCACAGAUCCAGUAGUGACAAGAUGGAAGCGUAAUUCUGCUGACAAAGUGGUGACAGAGUAUGGAGUACCUGUACUGGAGUUCAUAGCUAUCCGGCGACACGAUAAUAAACAAUGGUCUCUACCAGGGGGAUUAGUUUUACCCGGAGAAAACAUUUCAUCGGCGGUUAAGAGAACACUUGUUAAAGAGGCCUUGUCGGAUCUGAUCGAAGACGAACGGAAAGCUGCAGAGAUGAAACCCAAACUGGACAAACUCUUCGAAAACGGAGAAGAGGUGUACAGAGGAUAUGUAGACGACGCCCGUAACACGGACAAUGCGUGGAUAGAGACAAGAGCUAUGAAUUACCACGACGACGAUGGAACACUGACAGCUGGUUUAAAACUAAGGGCUGGAAAAUCGGAAGAUGCUGCUGCAUGGUUGACCGUGUGGUCAAGCCUACCACUGCACGCCAAUCAUGCAUUCAUACUGGAGAAAGUGGCCAGUCUGAGAGGAUCGUCGUUUUAGUUCAACGGUUGCCAAAGUUUCCUCAACUCAGCAAUAAAUAAUUUCGCUGCUAUGGUUAACAAUUAUCUAAGACAAUUUGUCACCCAUUAACCAUUUUAUUUAGUCCAUUUGUAGGGCUAGAAGCCUACGGAAAACUUACCACAGUUUAUAGACCAUGGUGAUAUACAUGUAUAUCGUACAUCAAGCUAGAAGGGAAAUCGUUGUAUUGUCAGAUAAAUUAUUGUGCUCAAUAGAUGUUGAAUCGUUUUUCACUCCACCAUUUAUAACAAGACGCUUAUUUAUUUCAAGAGUUUUUGGAUGUGUUGUUUUUUUUUACAGGGUAAGAUAUGGUUGAAAAUAUGGCAAGUGAAAAACCGAUCGUCUUCGACGCAGUGUAGCCAUUUGUAAUGUCUAAUAGAAGAGGACUCAUAUCAAAUAUGAGUCCCUGACGAGUAUUGUUCUUCCAAAAAAGAAACUAGUUUUAUAUUUUAAAUAUUUUGGCAUAGUUUCAUAUUUGUUCUGCACACUGUUUCCCGAUUUAUGUCAAGGUGCUGAUUUCAUCUCAUUUAUCAUCCUUGCUUCAGAUUGGUAUUUUGUCUUUUCACAUUUUAUUCAUCAUGACAAAGGCCUGGUGUUAAAUUUCGUUCACUCUUUGUCACAGAUAAUCUUUCGUUGUCUUCCAUAUCACAUUACUGUCGCAUCUUUUCUUCAUUUGGUGGAAUUAAGCCAAGGUUUCUGUUUUACAACACAUCUUCCAUCUUUUAAUGAUUUCCAAUUAUUAUAAACUCUUUUACUAUAAUGGUUAAAUAUUUUAUCUGAUAUUUUUAAUGGGUGUUGAUGAACAGUAAUACCAUUUAUUCGUAGACUGAUUGUUUAGAUUAUCAAUUAGUUGAUACAGAUUUAACCCUCCAACUCUGGUGGGCCUCGGAGGCCCAGACGAUUCAAGUGUUAGCUUGCUGCAACUAUGUGGUCGUAGACCAAUGAAAUCGCGUGUUCGAAUCCAGCUCUGCCUGCUUUGGAUGAAGCUUUAAGCCAAAAUGUUACUCUCAUAUGAGUGAACGAUUCCUAAGGACGGUGUUAAACACCAUUGAAGUAAACAACGCCUAUUGCGAAAGCAGUGCGCCCAUACACGCUGUUAUUACGAAAGCAGUACGACAAUACACGUUUUUAUUACGAAAGCAGUACGACGAUACAUGUUGUUAUUACGAAAACAGGUUUUCCAUAUUUAUACGUAAUCAAAUUUUCAUAUUUAAUAAUAAAUACUGAUAAAAAAUA